AUCAGCUAAAUAUUAUCCCUACAAAUAGAAUGGAGGAAAUGAAGUUAAUAUGAAAACAAUAACCUAAAAUUUAAUCAUUAAGAACAUAGCACCAGGAAUUAAGUCUAGUAUGGUCGGCAGCUCGUAACAGAUCUUUCUUCCAAUUGUAAGAGGAACUCGGUGUUAAUUAAACGCGUUCAUAUGUGUCAGUGUACACAGACCUCUAUGCCAAUCUUAAGAACAAAUCGGUGUUUAUUGGAAAAAAAUCUCCUAGUUACGCUUGAUAUUCUAGUAGUUUGGAGCAGCCCCUUACUUCUUUCGGUGGUAGAUAUCUUAUAAAAAUGCAUCUGGGACACUUGCAUUAAAAUUCAAGCUUCAAUCAAAACGAAUGAAAGCAUCAUUUUUCUAGAUUCAACCCUCCAGGAGAUCUUUCAGUCCAAUGGCAUUGCACAGGACCUCUAAGGCGCUGGACACUGUAUCUGAUGUAAAGGAUGAUUCAACAUCACAGAAUCGGUCUACAGCUUCCUCUCCUGGACAAAUGUAUUCGCACUUGCUAUUAUUGACAGCAUUCCUUUCCAUUGGCAUUAUUGCUCUCGCUAUCUCAACUUCAAUUACGGGAUUCGGGUCCUCGGCCGGAGACACGAGAUCCGAAAUUCUACAUGUUAGUUCAAGUGGGUUAAUAGCGAGCAAUAGACCCUCUAGGUAUUUAUACUGGGGAGACAAGAUAGAUUGCCCAGGAAAGCACUGUGAAGCUUGCGAGGGGCUGGGUCAUCAGGAAUCAAGCCUUAGGUGUGCUCUCGAAGAAGCAAUGUUAUUGAAAAGGACCUUUGUGAUGCCCUCUAGAAUGUGUAUUAAUCGCAUACACAAUGACAAAGGGAUUCUUCACCACACAAAUGUGAGCAUUGAAGAAAGAUGGGCCUCCAACUCCUGUGCAAUGGAUUCAUUGUAUGAUCUUGAUUUGAUAUCCAAGACAGUUCCCACCAUUCUUGACAAUUCAAAAGAAUGGAAUCAGGCAAUUUCUCUUGCUAGUAAAUCAGGAGAUGCAGGAUUGGUUCAUGUGCAGGGCAUUGACCGUAGCCAAGUCAGAGAUAGCAGUUUCUACAGAGAUGCUUUAAUCAUCAAUCGGACUGCAAGCCCCCUUUCAUGGUUUGUAGAGUGUAAGGAUCGCAACAACCAUAGUGCAGUAACAUUGCCAUACUCGUUUUUGCCUUCAAUGGCUUCAAAACCUCUACGAAAUGCUGCUAAGCAGAUAAGAAAUAUCCUUGGAGAUUAUGAUGCCAUGCAUGUACGGAGAGGUGAUAAGAUUAAAAUUAGGAAAGACAGGCUUGGUGUGAAUAGGACACUUCAUCCUCAUCUUGACAGGGAUACUCAUCCAGAAGCAAUCCUUCGUCGAAUUGAAAAAUGGAUUCCUGAAGGGCGUACUAUUUUUAUUGCAUCAAAUGAGAGAACCCCUGGGUUUUUCUCAUCACUUUCCGUGAAGUACAGACUUGCAUAUUCUUCAAAUUUUACUAAUAUUUUGGAGCCUGUUGUGCAAAAUAACUAUCACCUUUUCAUGCUGGAACGUUUAGUCUUGGUUGGUGCCAGGACAUUAAUCAAGACAUUUAAAGAAGAGCCCACAGACCUAAGUCUCACAGAUGAUCCAAAAAAGAAUAUGAAGGAGUGGCAAAUUCCUGUUUACACUUUUGAUGAUGCCUCUCCAUUUUAAAUAGCAUCUUGAAGCCAGUGAGUUACUUAUCACAGAGAAACAAUCCCAACUUCGCUGCAUGCAAUAUAUUUGUACUCUCUGGUGAGAGUACUGUUCACAGCCUUAAGCUUUUUCUGUCAGUCUUUUCUUCAAACUGGGCUGUUAGAAUCAGAACACCAAGGUGUCUCUCAAUCGAGAUCAAGCUGUUGAAGUUUCCUGUUUCAGAAAACAAAAUAAAAAAUUUCGAGAGAUUUUUUUUCCCAUCAACUUCCUGAUACUUUGGACACCUCAAGUAGUAUAACAUUCGUACUUUAUCUCACUAUUAUGAUUUAUCACUGACUUAAUUUGUGUAGUAACAUCGCAGUACAGCUUCAAGCAAUUUAUUUGUAGUGAGGGGCUCAGCUUUGCUUUACAGCGAUUGGUUGAAAAUGCCCGGUCCCUUAUAUUUAUGAGAUACAGAAAUGUUUACAUAAUACUAGCUUUGCAAAGCCCCAAGAAAAUAUAAAAUAUAAUCUCAUAGUUACUGCCUCGUGACUUGAAGGCUUAACGUUUAGAUAUUUUGAGCUUUCAGGUUCCUGUAUAAAUGAUCGAAUAUGUUCUGGAGAAUCAUGUUUACAGUUUCACAUUGACCAUAUUGGAAAACAUGUCUGCAUGAGUCAAAGACUAACUGCAGGGGUCAGAAAGCCAUGACAGAUGAAAGGAAGGAUGGUCCCUUAGUCACUUGUGUCAAAUAAUUUGUUACUGGACUUCUAGAUAGCUUUGGCAUCUUCUACAAGUCAAUAAGAUGAAUGUAAUAUUUCUUAUUGAUAUUAAGAUCUUCUUCAUCUAAAGUAAGAGUGCUCCAAGAUCGCAUCCCUGGCACCAUGCAUGUAGAAGGCAUUAAGCGGUAAAAUGUUCAGAUUUCUUGAUGAACAGGACCAGAUAAUUGACUAGUGUGGACUACUUUUCCGCAACUCAGAAAGGUCAGAGUUGAUGGGUAUAUUUUUGAACAGAGAUGAGUGCUGCAGUCUCUAAUUCCUUCAAUCUAUGAGGUACUAUUUUUAUAUUAUGCACAAUCAAUAUGGACUAGUUUCAGUAAACAGGUGUUGUAAUUAUUGGUCGGUAGAAUUUUUUUUGGUCCAUUGAUCUAAUUGUGAUUAUCAUAUCCUGAUUUUGAACUAUACCCUUCCCAGGGGAGAUGCCUGAAAGCAAAGGCUUUAAAAAUAAAAUAAAAUUAGUGAAUCUCUUAUUUUUUCUUUUA